UAACUUACAGAUUUAUUUUUAGCCUAACUAAGUCUGUAAAUUAUGUUUCUAACAAAUUUAUUUUUCUAUCACAGAGUGUACAUUUUGGUUUGGAUAAUUGUUUAAAACAUUGCCGAAUCAAAUUGUUGGUCAUGCCUUUAAUUUGAAGGUUGAGUCAUCCUGUUUCCUGUUUCACAAUAAAAACUGACGCAGCGGAGACAACGUGGGUCUCCCGGACUUUGACAUUCCGCCACGGGUAACUAGUCUAAUAAGUUGCGCUCUGUCCAACCAGCGGCUCAAACCUCGGGAUAAACCCGCCUGUAAGGCUCCGGACCGCGGACAUGGCUGACCUGUGGGUCUCGCUGGGUGUCCUGGCCGUCGCGGUGCUACUCUGCGAGGCGACCCGCCGAGCUGCGGCGCGUUUUCUCCCCGGUAUUUGUUGGAUUUACCUGCUGGAAGCGGCGUCCACCUUCCAACUCUGCUGCUGCACCCAGGAACUCAAGUUGCUCGCGGAAUCCGUCCGCUUGGACCAAACGAUCAGUUUGACUCUCACUUAUGUCGUCACCGUUGUUCAUUUAUCAACUUUCAGAGAAGCGACGUGUAAUCCCGCUGCGGCUCUGGAGAGAGUCUGCCGCGGCACGGCGAGUGGCAGAGCCGCGGCUCUCCUCAUCGCUGUCCAGCUCGGAGCCGCGGUCGCCGCACGGUCCUUUGCAGCCUCCGUUUGGUCGCUGGGGCUGUCGGAUAUGCACCGCCGGCACCAAAAGUUCGGGUUCCGGUGCUUCGACCCGCUCGGUGGGACUGUGCUGGAGGCUGCUGCCGUGGAGCUGGCGUGCGCUUUCGCGGUGCAGGCCACCGCCAUGCACAUCCACAAGCUGGAGGAGAAACUCCGAGUUCACUUCUUUGCUGCGGUCAUCACCGCUUUGGUUUACGCAGGUGGGAGUAUUUCCGGAGCCGUUUUUAAUCCCGCCCUGGCUUUCUCUGUUCAGUUCCCCUGCAGUGGCCACACAUACCUGGAGUACUGCUUUAUCUACUGGCUGGGUCCAACAUUGGGCAUGGCGAGCUGCAUCCUUCUGUUCGAGAAGAUCGUCCCUUUUCUUUCUGGAAAGAGCACCGUUGGGAUGAACGGCUCCAUUACACAGAAAGAGAAGACACAGUAGAUUUUUGUUUUAUCUAGGUGGGAGAACAAUUCUGAAUAAUUAAGACUUUUCUCUGUGACUGUGGACCAGAUUGGGCUUGAUGAAGCAUCAAAAACCCUUUUGGAAAGUUUAUGCUCUAGAACAGAGGUACCCAAACUGUGGGGCGCAUCCCCUAGGGGGGGCGCCGGAAGCCGUCUGGAUGAACGGCUUAGAAUGGCUAA